AUGGCGAACCCUAACAAUAGUUCAUGGCCUUCAAAAAAGAUAUUAAGUGAACAAAAUAAUAAAAGUACUAGUGGCCGCAGCAGCCAUGAGAUUGGGAUCUUCAACAUUGUUGGGAAAUUUACUCGGUCCAAUUGGAAGGCAAGUUCCAUGAGGAGUAGCCUGUGUGACAGGUUACUAGUAAUGGGAUAUCCUUGGAAAGUUGUGGUCAGGGCAAUAGAAGAACAUGGUGCAUACAAUGAAGAAGCAGUAUUCAAUACUAUUCUCACAUAUAAGGGCACGGCAAUUUUACGAGAAAUGGGAUUUACAUGUGGUGAAGCAUUUGAAGCUAUUGGAAGAUGUGGUGUACAAAGUCCGAUAACUGAUGCACAACAUUUUAUACAAGGAUUAAAUGAUGUUGGCCUAAAUAUAAAAUGUAAGAGGGAAAGUAUCCGUAGGACGCCAAUGACAGGAUUCGGAGUUCCUCAUGUUGUGCAAAAACCUAAUAAUGUUGUGAUUACUAGGGAUCGGGAACGUAUCCCAAGAAAUAUUCCAGCAAGAGGAGGAGGGAAGGGGCCUCCAUAUUUCUAUUUUGAGAAUGUAGCACGUGCACCAAAAGGGGUGUGGGAAACUAUGAGUAAUUUCCUCUACGAUAUUGAGCCCGAAUUUGUGGACUCAAUAUAUUUUUCUGCGGCGGCAAGAAAAAGAGGUUACAUUCACAACCUUCCCAUUGAUAAGAGGUUUCCAAUUCUUCCCACCCCUCCAUCCACCAUAUUUGGAGCCCUUCCUUCCACUAAAACUUCCUGGCCUAAAUGGGAUCCGAGGAUCAAGCUAAACUGUAUAGUUACUAAUAAUGGACGUCCAAAGCAUACCAAGAAGAUAAGUGAAGAGCUUGAUAAUUGUGGAACUGAACCACCCCCACACAUCAGAAAAAAGGUGCUUCAAGUUUGCAGGAAAUAUAAUUUUAUUUGGGUGGGAAACAAUAAAGUGGCACCCCUCCACCCCAAACAGAUCGAGAAAAUAAUGGGAUUUCCAGACGGUCACACAGAUAUGUUGAGCCGCAGUGCUCGAUAUCGGUGCCUUGGAAACACAUUCCAGGUCAACACCGUAGGAUAUCAUCUCUCAGUAUUAAAGAGAUUGUUUCCUGAAGGCAUUAAGGUUCUUUCAUUGUUCUCUGGCAUUGGUGGAGCUGAAGUUGCCCUACAUAAGCUCCAAAUUCCCCUAAAGUUUGUAGUCUCCGUAGAGUGUUCAAAGGCUUGUCGAGAUGUUAUGCUCAGAUGGUGGAAAAGAAGUAACCAGCAGGGCAAGCUGAUUCAUAUCUCCGAUGUGAAAUAUCUAACCCAUCAAAAGCUAAGAGAACUAAUUGAUAUGUGUGGGGGCUUUGAUCUUGUAAUUGGUGGAAGUCCCUGCAACAAUUUUGCUGGAAACAAUAGGCGUACUAGAGUUGGGUUCAAGGGUGAACAAUCCUCCUUAUUUUUAGACUAUUGGCGUAUUCUUGAAUCUGUAAACUUUAUAACUUUGUGCAGAACCUAUUAUUGA